AUGGCCUCGCAAACCCACACCCUCCCUCCUUUGCCUUACGGCUACGAUGCCUUGGAACCCAUCAUCUCAAAGCAGAUCAUGGAGCUCCAUCAUCAAAAGCACCAUCAAACCUAUGUGAACAACCUCAACGCCGCACUCACAGCCCAAGUCACAGCCACCCAGUCAAAUGACGUCCCUUCCCUUAUCGCCCUGCAACAGAAGAUCCGCUUCAAUGGCGGUGGUCACAUUAACCACUCCCUCUUCUGGAAGAAUCUCACUCCCCCCGGUACCCUCGGUAAUGAUAUUGCCGGUGCCCCCGCCCUCCGGGAAGCUAUUGUUUCCCGCUGGGGUUCGCACGAGGCUUUCGUCAAGGCGUUCGGUGCUGAGCUUCUUGGCUUGCAGGGGAGUGGAUGGGGUUGGCUCGUCAGUAAGGGAGGUCCGAAGGGACGGCUCGAAAUUACUACGACUAAGGAUCAGGAUCCUGUUACUGGGCCUGAUGUUCCUGUUUUCGGUGUUGAUAUGUGGGAACAUGCUUAUUACCUGCAGUAUCUGAACAAUAAGGCUGGGUAUGUCGAGGGUAUCUGGAAGAUCAUUAAUUGGGCUGAAGCUGAAAAGCGUUACACUGCUGGCGUGGAGAACCUUUUGAAGCUCUAA